AUGCAAAGAGGAAGACAACAAGAGAUUGGAGGUGCUCAGGCAUUACUCCAACUAGGAUCCAAAGCUAAUGAGGAAGAAACAGCUGACGAAAGCACUUUAGGUGAUGCUUCAAAAGUUGGUAAUGACCAGGAUACAAAUGAUUCAGAUGUCGAUUUGUCAGAUGCAAAAGCUAACCAACAUAUAAACGAUGCAGUCGAAGCUGCCGUUAUGCGAUAUGUUGGAGGUACUUUGGGAACAUCAAACAACUAUACUGGUAGCGAAGGUUCAUCCAAAAAGAGCAAAAGGAAAGUUCAAGAAGAUUAUGACUUUAAUCAAUGGACUGGAUUCUUAGAUGAUAAUAUGUCUCAUAAUGAUGAUUUUAGUAGUUAUAAGCCAAAGAAGAAGAAGAAAAAGGGCAGUCGUAAGAAUCCGCACGGAAUAGAUCCUGACUUGGAAGGAUUGGGUACUUCAGAGCAUGAUCAAUUAGUUGAAGCUGCGAUUAAAGAUGCCCGAGAAUUAGCAAGACAAGAUGAAUUAGAAGCUGCCAUGAAAGAUGCUGGUGAAUUGGUUAGGCAUAUGAAUGAUAGUACGCAAGACCAAGGAUUGGCAGCUCACCAAGCCCAACAAAUUCUUGCUGCUGCCAAUGCUAUUGAACAGAAUGUUUCCAGUGCUCAUGAUGAAACAUUAUCCGCCAUUACCCAACUAGCCCAUGCUGCUUCUUCAUUAGAAGAGGCAGCUUCUGCAGCCACGGCAAGCAGAACCUCUGCCGGCGCCACUUCUUCGGCAACUACUAUUGCGACCACAGCUCCUGCUACGUCCUCUGAUGCAGCUCCAAAGAAGGCAAAGAAAUCAAAGAAGAAAAAGAAAUCUAAAGAUGAAUCUCAACCAGAGGAGCACAAGCAAGAACCAGAACCCGAGGUUGACCCCUUCGCCACAGUUGUUCAAAAAUACCAUCAUUUAAGUGACUUAGAAACCUUGAUUGACGAUGCCUCAACUCCAGCAAUCGAAUGGUAUAAUGCCAAAAAUGCUGAAAAACCAAUGGGCAAAGGACCCAGGAAAUUUUCCGACGAAGAAGAAAGAGCAUUGCUUCAUUUCAUGUCUGGAUUUUGUCAAAUGAAUAAAUGGAGUCGAGAAGAUAUGUGUAAUAGAAUUUGGUCUAAUGAAAGAAGAAAAGAUAAUUUCUGGGAAUCUUUGCACAGAGUGUUACCAUAUAGAUCAAGAUCCUCCGUAUAUAAACAUAUUAGAAGGCAAUAUCAUGUUUUUGAUGUUAGAGCGAGAUGGACCAAAGAAGAUGAUGAUUUGUUGCGGAGAUUGGGGAAUACUCAUGUUGGUAAAUGGAAGCAAAUCGGUGAAAUCAUGGGAAGAAUGCCCGAGGAUUGUCGUGAUAGAUGGAGAAAUUACGUUAAAUGUGGUGAUAGUAGAACUGAGAAUAGGUGGCUGGAAGAGGAAGAAGAGGUACUUAAACAAAUUGUCAAUGAAAUGAUUCAAGUAUUAGAACUGGAAGAUAAAAAAGUUGGAGAAAAUACUCCAGUCGCAAUCAAUUGGACAAUUGUUAGUGAAAGAAUGAAGGGUACUAGAUCGCGUAUUCAAUGUCGUUAUAAAUGGUCUAAAUUAGUGAGACGUGAAGCUGCUCUUCGUGCAUCAUAUAUGGACAAUCAAACUAAAGUGUGGUUAUUUGAAAAGAUUCAAGCACUAAAUGUAGAUAAUGACGGUGAAAUUAAUUGGGAAUAUAUCGCUAUGUUAUAUGAACAAGAGAAUAUAAAAGACCAAGACCCUGAAGCAGCUGAUUACAGUAGAUGGCAACCUGCCGAUUUCCAAGCCGCAUUUGAAAAGGCAAGAGGUGGAAUCAGAGAACAUAAGAGUUUAAAAUUUGAUAAAUUAAUUUCCAUGCUUAUUGAGGAUUAUUCCUCAAGACCACCAGAUGUUACCAGUGCAGCUUCCAAACCUCCUCGUUCUCGUCCAGAAUCUGACUCCAAAACCACUCGUUCUGUGAAACGUAGUGGUGUUACUCCUGCGUUGACUGCAAAUAACAAAAAGGGUAAAGGUGAUAAGGGUGCUGCUGCCGACCCUAGUGAUCCUUCUUCUAUUGCAAGUGCUGCUGUUGCCGCAGUUGCUUCUGGUGUAGAGGAGGAAGAAGCAGUACAACAAGAAUAUAGUCUUUGGAGAUAG